AUUAAAUUUACAUAAAUAACUAUUCAAUAUUUUUGUAAAAAAAUUAAAUGAUAUAAUAAAUAUAAUAUUUUAAAAAUCUAGAAGAAUUUUUAAGCUCUUCGCAUUAAUCGUUUUAGGUUCUUGAUAUUGAUCUACAAAACAAUAACAAAUAAAUUGGUAAUGAAGAUGUAUUAAGCUUAGGUGCAGGUUUAGUAAAGUGCACUAAUCUCUCAAAUUUGACACUUAAUCUUUAGAAUAACUAAAUUGACGAUAGAAUAGAAUAGAAAUACUCGCACAUAUAAAUGCACUCAGAAUACAUCUUAAAAUUAAUUAUAUUUUAUUUUAUUUUAUUUUAUUUUAUUUUUUUUUUUCAUUAUAAUUUUUUAUAUAUUUUUCUUUAUAUUAUUAUGUAUUUAUUAAGUGUUUUUAUUUUUUCUUUUUCUUUUUAUAUGCUUUACAUAUAAAUUGACGAUAAAGGUGCAUCGUGUUUAGGUUAUUACUUAGGAUUAUGCACUAAUCUCUCAAAUUUCACACUUUAUCUAAAAUCGAGUAAAAUUGGCGUAAUUGGUGCAUCAGGCUUAGGCCAUGGUUUAGGAAAGAGCACUAGUCUCUCAAAUUUGACACUUGAUCUUUGUGGAAAUAAAAUUGGUAAUUUAGCUGUAUCAAACUUAGUUUCUGGUUUAGGAAAGUGCUCUAAUCUCUCAAAUUUGACACUUUAUCUUUAUGGAAAUUAAAUUGGUGAUGAAGAUAUAUCAGGUUUAGGUUUUGGUUUAGGAAAUUACACUAAUCUAUCAAAUUUGACACUCGGUCUAAGUGGAAAUUAAAUUGGUGAUGUAAGUGUAUCAGGCUUAGUUUCUGGCUUAGGAAAGUGCACUAAUCUCUCAAAUUUGACACUUGAUCUAAGUGCAAAUUAAAUUUAUAGAGAAGGUCUAUCAUACUUAGGUUCUGGAUUAGGAAAUUGUAAUAAUCUCUCAAAUUUGACACUUGAUCUAUGUGGAAAUUAAAUUUAAACAGAAGGUCUAUCAUACUUAGGUUCUGGAUUAGGAAAUUGUAAUAAUCUCUCAAAUUUGACAUUGAAUCUUUAGAUGAAUAAAAUAGGAGCAAAAGGCGUAUCAUUUUUAUGUUCUGGUUUAGAAAAGUGCGCCAAUCUCUAAAAUUUGACACUUUAUCUAAGUUACAAUUAAAUUUACGAAAAAGGUGCAUCAGACUUAGGAUCUGGUUUAAGAAAAUGCACUAAAAUCUUAAAUUUAACACUAUAUCUUGAUAGACAUCUCUAAAGUUCAUAACUAUUGAAAGUAAAGUGCCUUAAAUCAAAAAGAUUAGUUGCCUUAAAAAUAAAUUAUUGAUAAUAUAAAAAUGGUGAAAUAGCAAGAAUAAAUAUAAAUAUAUUUGAGUAUUUUAAUAUAAUAUUCUUUAUUUUAUAAAAUUAAACUAAAACAUUGAUAGAUUUACUAUUAUUUUUAUAUUGAUAAUCCUAAUAUUGAAAUUCUUCUGACUGAGGACAUAAAUAAUGUCAACUGAAUUUCGAUAAAUUUUUAUUUAAAUUGAAUGCUAAGUAGUUAGACUUUUUG